CGCAGAAUGAAUCGCUGAUAAACGUCUUGCGCUGUUCACGACUCGUCACUUCAUCAAUUGACCACAUCCAUUCGCCUUUCUUUUCUUCUUCGUUUUAUACAUUCCAGAUGCGCUGCCCAUCCAUUCAGCGUGUGACGCGUCCCAGGCUGGUUGUUCCAAAACAUCAUCGAUAUCACUCAGCGCAAGUUUCAGCACGACUGCAGCGCGUCGAUUCUGCCCAGUUGACACUUUUGACAUCUCAAUUGGCCUUGUCACGUCCGCGUCUCCCCAGGUUUCUGCCCACUGUCCAGCAGCACCGCGCCUCGUCCACGACAGCGUCGACAAUGGCGGAUCUCAAGGCCAUCCUCACGCCUGAGCUCCUCGAGGGCAUUCGUGAUUUCUGGUUCAGCCACGUCGGCGACGAGGACAGCUUGAUCUGCCCCGCCCAGGAAGACAUCCAAGCCUGGUUCAUGGGCGGCGAGGAUUUUGACAACCGAUGCAUUGAGAAAUUCGUGCCGGUUCUGGAGGCCAUCAAAGCGGCCAAUGUGUCCUCUGGCAAGGCCAUUGUCGAGGCCGGCCAGGUCAAGACGCCGUUGGACUACCUGAGUCUCCUACUGCUGCUCGACCAGCUGCCGCGCAACUGCUACCGCGGCAUGUCCUCAGACAUUGUCUUUCGCUACUACGAUCCUCUAGCGCGGGACGUUGCUGAGAUGGCCCUGGCCGCCGGUGUUCUCGAGGACCCGUCCAUCCGCUGGGUCAUCUGUCGCCGGAUGUGGUUCUGCCUGCCUCUCGUUCACUCAGAAGAUCUGCCCACGCACAGCCGUGCGAUGAAGAUGUGCGAGGACUUGGUCACGGACAUGGAGGCUUUGGUCAACCCGACGACGACGGGCCAGCAGGACGCGGAUGCUGAUGAGGCCAAAGACAGGGCGGCCAGGGUGGUCGACGGCAAGAAGGCGGUGGCGGACCUGGCCAAGAUGCAGCUGUCAAUAGAGGAGAAGCACAUGGAUAUUCUCAGGGACUUUGGGCGGUAUCCUCACCGCAAUGCACCGCUGGGCAGGGUGUCCAGCAAGGAGGAGGAGGCGUAUCUCGCGAACGGAGGCGAGAGUUUUGCGCCACCUGCUAAGGACAAGCAGACAGCGUAGGACUGUACGGUUACAAACAUGGGUCUAAGCGUGUCUCUUGAAAGGUGCCUAUAAACAGGGCUGCCUGCACGUGUAUUGAGGGUGAGUUCAUGCCGUUUGUUGCCCAAAUGUCACCGGUAUGCAUCGGCCUACCCGGGACGCACACCACAUGUACAUGUAUUCUCCAGGUGCGUAUGAAUCCAAGACGAUUUGUCAUGAUACAUCCUAGCCAGCAGCGCAUCACACUACAGUAAUUGUCACAGAAUCGUACCC